AUGCAGCAGAAUCCAUUGUCGUGUGACCAUUGCGGAGAGAAAUUCCAACGCCGUGAGCACCGUGAUCGACACGUCCUCCGACACACGGGCCUCAAGCCGUUCCAGUGCGACAUCUGCUCCAAGUCGUUCUCUCGCAGUGAUACCCUUACUCGCCAUCGAGCCUUGCAUGGUAGUCAACCUGGCACGUCUAAAACUCGUCGCCGCCGGCGUGGCCAAGCUUGUGUACCUUGUUCAAGGGCGAAGCAGAGCUGCGAUGGAAGCCAUCCUUGUUCGCGAUGUGAAAAGCGCAAUUCGGCGUGCGUGUAUCCCGAUAGAGUAUCUAGUGCACGGCAAGAUGAUAGUCAUACUAUAAUCGUGGGAGAAUCAUCCCAAGGCCAAGACAUUUCUGCCUCAUCGCCCCUCACAGCCCAAGGCGCAGACUUCCGGGAGGAAGCUUUUAUGCCUGGUGAACUCCAUCUCACUUCAGAAGAAUGGAACGAUCCUCCUUCUAUUCCCUCUGGUACUAGUGGAAUGCCGACGAUGGCAUCAAGCACCAUAUACACAACAGUCCCAGACACUUCUUCCAGCUGUUCUAAUGUACCAACCUUGCCCAAUAUCUUUACUCUCACCGGAAAUUUUGACAGCCUUGGGACCAUGGCAGAUAACCAAUGGAUGCCCUGGAAUCCUUCAGUGGCUCAUUUCUCUUUUCCGUGGUUCAUGGACGGAUUGGGGAUGCCACUUGAGCUACCGGAUAUGGCACAUCCUCAUGAAGAUGUAGCACAUCACGCAGCCUUGAGUCAACAGGUUGUAGAAGGACCAGUUUAUUUAAUCCCGGAAAACAUAUGUUCCACUUACACGAAGCCAUGCCACCCGUUUCCAGAGCCGGAACCCAUUGGACUGCAAAUGGCUGGCGCUGAAGUCUUUGGGCAUAUCCAUAACUUACCUGGACAGGCCGUAGAGGGUUUGAAUAAUUUCUACAAGACACAGAGGAGAGACACAACAGCAGCAGCUAUUCCUCAGGAUAUCAUACACGCAUUUGUAGAACUAUACUUUGAGUACUUUGACUCUCAGUUCCCCUUCCUACACCCGUCUCGCAUGGAAGAAGCGAACCUCCCGUGGAUGUUAUUAUUGGCCGUAGCAGCAGUUGGGAGUCAUUACUCCGAGAUCCGAGGUGCGGAAGAGUAUAACACUGCGUUGUGUGACCUCCUCGCCCGGGCUGUUGAACUACCUGCAACAAAUGUCGACGUCACAACAGUACAAUGUGUCUUUCUUUUACAUGUUCUCUGGCUGUUCUCAGGCUCGCACAGAGACAAGAUUGUUCUACAGCAUAAGCGAAGUAGCCUAGCGACGAUGUGCUGGGACCUCGUUGGCAAGGCUGACAAACGCAGACAGUCAACUCAAACUGAGCCUCGUAGUCAAGAAGCAUGGCAAGUGUGGAUCUCUGAGGAGAGUGAAAUACGUCUCGCCACUUGCGUACGUGUAUUGGAGUGUUUGAGCCAUAUGUUCCUGGGUACUCCGCUGGUAUUCAACCUUCGUGACGCGACGCGACAACUGCCGUGUCCUGAAAGACUGUGGCGGAUACGAAAUGCUUUAGAGUGGAAGUCACUACAAGAAGACUCUACAGGAAAUGAUCCUAGGCCCGAUGCCUUUGCCGCCAAAGUCAUUCUUCUCGAACUAUACAUCGACAACAUGAAUUACUACCGCCAAAUGCACAGUUCGCAACUCCUACAGUCUUCAUUUGCAUCAUAUUUAAACUCCCCAGCAACGAACGAUACCCAAUACGUACCGAACUCUUCGCUUCAAAGACCUGACACCGUUAGGAGCGAAAGUGCUCUUCUAGACACGACGAUCGAUCAAUUGACCUUGAACAACAAACCGGACCAUAGAGCCUGUACAGACACAAUAUUACAUGUCAUUGCAAUUCUAAGGAUGAUUCCUCUUGAAACUUUGCACUCUGCUACAGGCUGGGAGACGAAUAAAGAGCAGAUGAUGAAGUCUAAAAUGCAUCUCAAAGACUUCUUCAAGAACGACAGUGUCAAGGCUCGGAAGGGCUUAUGGCAUGCUACUUGUAUCUUCAAAACAACGCGGAGCUCUUGUCGUGUCGCGUGUUAUGAUGCACUCAGUCUCACAGUGGCGAUGGGCUAUAUAUACUGCUACAGCGAAACACGCGCAUCAUUGGCACCGGCUCCAACACGCCCGGUGAUUACACGCCUUGACCAAUUGCAAGACAGAGACGCUAUUGAAGAAUGGAUAGAGAACGGGGGUGAUAACGUCGUUCACUUGACUGGUGUUGGAUUGCUGGAUGGCUCUGACCACUGCGUCCGUUUCCUUCGAGAUUUGGAGAAGACACUGGUGUCGCAGAUUGCGUGGCGCGGGUUCUGUCGUGCUUUCGCCAGCAGUUUUGCUCAGUUGAGACGUGGUGAGACGCCCACCAAGAGCUCGAGAGAGUACCUCAAUGCUGAAUGA